AUUGUAAGCCAAGAGAGUUCCUUCUCAGAGAGAGCAGUUUGAGCUUCUAUCUUAAUUCUAUCUGCGACUGCAAGUUAUGUUAGCCCAGGAUUCAGCUCCCACUACUACCUUCACAAAUGGAUUUUCUAAUGACGAUGUGUUUCUCAACUUCCGGGGCGAAGAUACUCGUAAGAAUUUCACUGGCUUCCUUAAUUUAGCUUUGAAAGACAAAGGAAUCGAUGUGUUUAUUGAUAGUAAAAAGUUGUGGACUGGAGAAGCCAUUGGCCCAGUCUUGCAUUGAGCUAUUGAGGGCUCCAAAAUCUCCAUCCCUGUCUUCUCUAAAGGAUAUGCCCAUAGUAAAUGGUGCCUGAUGGAACUUGCUCAGAUUCAUCUAUGCCACAUUUCCAAAGGUCAACUGGUCUUUCCCAUAUUUUUCUUCGUUGAGCCAUCACAUGUUCGGAAUCAGAUCGGAAGUUUUGAAAAAGCAUUUCAGAAGCAUGAGAAGAAUUUUCAACCCCACAUCAUAGAGAGUUGGAAGAAAGCUUUGAGGGAGAUAGGAAACUUGAAAGGAGAAAUCAUUGACAAAAAUAAGGAUCAAGCAGAGAUAGUUGAAUUAGUUGCCAAAAGGGUUUUAGAUGAACUGGUUAGUAGCACAUACUUGGCUGAAUGUAAAUACCCGAUUGGCAUAGAUUCUCGUGUAGAAGAUCUAUUAUCUUUAUUAAGCAUUGGUUCUCAUGAUGUUCAAUUCAUAGGAAUAUGUGGUUGGAGUGGAAUUGGGAAGACAACCAUUGCUAAGGCUGUCUAUAACCGCUAUCGUUCAGCCUUUAAUAAGCAUAGUUUUGUUUCAGAUGUUUGUAAACAAGCAAAGCAAUGCAUAGAUCUUGCUUCUUUGCAGAAGCGAGUACUUAAGGAUAUUUUCAAAGCAAGCUUUGAUAUAGGUCAUGAUCAUAGAGGAAAAAAAUUGAUGGAAGAAAGGCUUUGCAAGGAAAACGUUCUUCUUGUUCUUGAUGAUGUGGAUAGUAAAGAACAACUAGACGCUUUGGCCAGUGAACUUAAUUGGUUUGGUCAAGGAAGUCGGAUCAUAAUAACAAGCAAAGAUGAAUAUGUCUUGAAUGUGGCUAAAAUUGAUAAUGACAAAAUCUAUUGGCCUCAAGAGUUGGACCAUCAGGAAUCCCUUCAACUAUUUAGUUUGCAUGCCUUUUCAAAAGAUGAUCCUCCUGAAGAUUAUAUGAAGCUCUCACAUGAUAUAGUACGCUAUUCGAGAGGGUUACCUUCAACUCUAGAGGCAUUGGGGGAUUAUCUAUCAGACAUAAGUGACAAACAAGAGUGGAAAAAAACAUUGCAAAAAUUGAAAGCAGGUAAAGCUUCUAUCUCUAGACUUGCAUCUUUUCGCAAACAAAGAAAGAACACAUGUUGUAUGAAAAAUAAUCCCCUUAGUUGUCACCCACCACUUCAUGGAAGCUUUGGAAACACCACCACUGUUGCUAUAGCAUCUAGAAUCUUCGGAGGAUGUCUGGAUCUAAAUAACCCCAUGUCUAUUGAAAGAGAUGGAAACAAGCGAUUCACUGAUAGAGUUGGUAAGUGGCUCAAAACACCAAAUUUCAAAGCUGCGACACAUUUUCAACUAAAUAGAGGCUUGUUAUUGGGAAAACAGAUGGCUAUUAUGCAUGAAGGGGUCAAAGAAAUUGGUAAGUUUUUCACCAGCAAAGAGUUAAAGAAGGCAACCAAUAACUUCAAUGAGAGUCGAAUAAUUGGGCAAGGAGGGUUUGGUACAAUUUAUAAGGGAAUCUUACCAACCGGCCAAAUGGUUGCCAUUAAGAAAUCCAAAACGUUGGACAAUGGACAGAUUCUACAAUUUAUAAAUGAGGUUUUUAUCCUCUCUCAAAUCAAUCACAGACACGUGAUGAAGCUCUUGGGUUGUUGCUUGGAGACCAAGGUUCCAUUGUUAGUUUAUGAGUUCAUCUCUAAUGGGACCCUCUAUGAUCAUAUUCAUUGCGAGAAUCAAACAAUCUUGCUUUCAUGGGAAAAUCGUUUAAGAAUUGCUGUAGAAACAGCCGAUGCACUAUCCUAUUUGCACUCUUCUCAUUCAGUGCCUAUAAUUCAUAGGGAUGUCAAGUCUUCUAAUGUACUACUAUCUGAUAACUACGAUGUUAAAAUAUGUGAUUUUGGAGCUUCAAGAUUGCUUCCUCUGGAUGAACCUCAAAAAACAACAAUACUUCUGGGGACUCAUGGGUACUUAGACCCGGAAUGUUUGCCUACAGGUAAACUAACUGAUAAAAGUGAUGUUUAUAGUUUUGGAGUUGUUCUAGCAGAGCUUUUGACUAGUAAAAAAGCAGUUUUCAUAGACGAAUCUGGGGAAAUGAUAGCUCUAGCAAUGUAUUUUGUAUCUUCAAUGGAAGAUGGGAAGCUUUUUCAUAUUUUUGAUGGUCGAAUAGUAGAUGAUGGGAAUAGAAAACAGUUAUUUAGAGUUGCUGAGCUUGCAAGAAACUGCCUACAUGAUAGUAGGGACGACAGGCCGACAAUGAAGGAAGUCGCACAGAUGCUUGCUUCAAUCCAAAUGCUAUUUGAGGAGACUAAGCUUGGUUUAGGUGCGCCAUUACCAAGUUCUACUUCGGAUCACUGCCAACAUGAUAAGGUACAUGAAGAUUGGUUAAGAAAUGAUGAUGGGUACGAGUAUUUCACCUGCUCCUCAUUGGCUGAGACAGAUGAGUGUAAUAUUUCUUGGAGCUGGUCAACCCUCGAGCUACAUGAUGCUUGGUUAAGAGACGAUGAUUGGGACGAGUAUUUCACCUGCUUCUCUUUGGCUAAUACAAUAAGUAUCAGAACUGAAUCGGCUUGGGUAAGAUUUGAUGAUUCUAAUGGGGAAGUAUGUUCCACCAGCACCUCAUUUGUUAGUACAGUUGGGUGUGAUGAGUUAUCUGAGGUGAUCAAUCCUCAAGGUGAGUUACAAGGAAGCACCAUUUUCAAUUAUUGGAUUCAGCUGCUUACGUUCUUAAAAAAUUUCUUCCACUCGAUUGCUGACUAUUGUGUAUUGUGA